AUGUCUCAGGGCCAGCAAUCCAGUCCCAACCAGCCCGCCUCAUCCAAAGGUGGUUCCUCCGUGACUGCCGAGUCUCCAGAAGCAAGAUCAGAUGACUGGACCGACGUGAAAGACCCCGGCGAAAGACGGAAGAUUCAGAAUAAGCUUGCACAAAGAAGAUUUCGCGACAAGAUAAAGGAGCAGAAAGAGGAGACUGAGCGGAACGCAGAGAACCAACGAAGAGCUGGAAGUUCAUACGCAUCGCCAGAGCCAGAAAACAUCGAUACGAGUCAAUCACUAUCUGGUUUACCGUGGGGCGGCAUCUCGAUAAAGCACAUUGUUGAGAAGGGAAAGAGCAAAGAACAAAGAUCUCAGCAGAAUUCUCGCGAGAGUUCUAUACAUGAAAGCGCAUCCUAUACCGGAGGAACACACCCAUGA